CUUUCCCUCGUAGGCAGCGCUAUGUAUGUGAACAGCUGCCUUAAAUAUAAAUAAUGACAAUUUGAAGGGAAAGGAUUCGAUUUCACAAUUAUGAACGAGGGAAGAUGAUUGCCUGGAUUUUUCUGUCCGUACUAGUCGCAGCAGAAGUUUCCAGGGCGGCUGGAAAAUGCGUCAGAAACGAUUUUGAAGGGCACACUGCAAAACGACACUUCAAGUUGUAUGGUGAUUCUAUCUCUUUAUUACCAUUGAAACUGAGUUAUAGUAGACGGGCAUCUCAUCAGAUUUCUACCCAUGUGCUACGUGUAUUGUUGGAGGAAGUGUUAGGAUACGAAGAUGUUGUGUUGGUCCCUGAUGAUUCUGGUCUUUCAGUAAAUGAUGCUCUUCUGAAGUUAGCAGGGUGCGACAAUCACGGUGGCUGUCAUUCCAGUGCUGUUCCAGAUGUUAUGAUCAAUACCGAAGUCUGGGUACCACCUGAUUAUCAAUACAACAAGUGGAUAGAGAAUAGGUUGGUGGAUAAUGCUGGAACCNCACUAUUCUUUAGAACCUCUCCAAGCUAUGCUGAGUUUAAAUAUGCCUAUGCUACUGUGUUUGAGUUCUUCAAAUGGAAGCAGUAUGCAUCACUGACUGAUACAAACUAUGUGUCGCAGACUGUGACGGCUAUUCAUGAGUAUUUAGAGAGCAGAGGGAUUACUUUGGUAUAUGCCAGACAAAUUGCAAAUCAAGACCGCGUUGAUAUAAAGACUUAUGUGAGGUCCUUGCUAGAGAGCUCAGCAAAGAUUAUUAUUGCUACUUUGUUUGAGGGUCUGGCAAGAGCUGUUGUCUGUGAAGCCUAUAGACAGGGUUUGACUCCACAGAGAGGCUAUGUUUGGUUUCUGCCUGCAUGGCUGGCAGAUAGCUGGUGGCAUGUGGAUCAGGUUAAAGAGCAUGGCCACAGCACUGAUGGGAUGCUGAUUGUGCCGUGCUCCACCGCCGACAUGAAGGAGUUUGUCAGUGGAGGGUAUUUCUCCCUCUCAAAUGCCUUUUACGGCACUAAAUGGGCUAAGAUAUUAAGUGGAGGCACUGUGGGUCAGUGGAGACAAGAAUAUGAAAAGAGAGUCAAGAAAGAGGGUCACGCUCCAACAGGAUAUGCAAGUUUUGCCCAUGAUGCCAUGUGGGCCUAUGCGCUGGCACUGGAUAAACUUUUUAAGGCAUAUCCCACAGGACUGGAUACAAUAAGAACUAAUCAGUCAACUAAGCUCUUGAAACAAUAUCUGCAGCAGACCAACUUCAGUGGUGUGUCUGGCCGUGUGAUUUUCAGAAACGGUGAGCGUCAUCUCCCCACUGUUGAAAUGGCGCAGCGCUUUUCCAGCAGGGCAGUGACAGUGGGACGUGUGCUUCCCAACAUGUAUGCUCAUUGUGAUACUGAAAGUAGAAGUUGUCUAGAGCUGAAUGAAAACAGUAUUCAGUGGCCAGGGGGGAGAAGACCUGCUGAUGGCAGACCAGGUAAGUGCAAUGUGUCCUUCAAGAUUGAGACUUAGUGGUGUCUUUUACAAUCUCAAUUUGGAAGAGGAAUCCAGCAAUAAUGACAAUUUGGAGCGGUGGUUAAGUGAAUGUGUCAUUUGCAGUCAUGCAUGCGGUUUUAAAACUGUCUUCCAUCAGUGCUGCAUCAUGAUCACUUGUCGGUCAUGUUCAUAGCCAGAUGAAAAGAGUUCCCAACUGUAUUUUUAUUUACCGUUUUUUUUUAAUCCAACCUGUUUAAUGUCUGCCAAAGUGCUAAAGAGCUCAUCAAGGUGGCUUGCACCUGAACUUUAAAUUCAAAAUAGAUUAACUUGCGUUUGCAUU